UUUUUUUUUUCCUUUAAAAAAUAAAUACUUACAAUAAAGAAUGCAACAUAUUGAAUCUGCUCAAUUAUACUCUGAUAGUCAAUAUCGUUUUGACUAUGUAGCUAAAUUUAUGGAUUUUGGUGAAGAGGAUAUUAAAGCUAUUGAAGCAGUGGCUGAUAAAGUACGUCCUUUGGUGCCUGUUGUGGUGGAUGCUGUUUAUGCUAAACUCUUUCAAUUCGACGUAACUAAAAAACAUUUUGUACCCAAGAAUGAAGGCUUUGAAGGUGUGGCACCUACCUCACUUGAAGAUUUAACCUUGGAUCACCCACAGAUUAAGUUCCGUAAGGAUUUCCUUAGCAAAUAUCUUUACAAGAUUCUUUCAGGUCCUUAUGAUGAACGUUUCUUACGUUAUUUGGAUUGGGUUGCAAAGAUUCAUACGGAUACGCCUGAAAAGAAAUCCAAGAUUAACGUGGAUUAUAUUCAUAUUAAUGCCUUGAUGGGGUUUGUGGAGUCCACUUUAGUAGGUGGCUUAUUAUCUCUUCAAUUAGAUCGUGAGACAGAAUCAAAGGCGUUAUUGGCUUUUAAUAAAUUACUUUGGAUUCAAAAUGAUUAUUUCGCUAAAUACUACUGUAAUCCUGCUACUGUUCAUGAUGCUAACGUGUUGGUCAAGAAGAGUGAAGGUUGUUUAACUAAUCCUGCUUCCAUUGUUCCUCUUGCUGUUGGUGUCCUUGCUGGUGCUUUAGGUGUUUAUUAUUAUUUCCGUCGUAUUUAAUUGUUCUUUAAAUAAUAUAAAACUAUCAUUAUUUAUUUAUUUAUUUAUAUGUAUAAAUGUCGUGUUUCAGACAGGGGCUGCAUUGAUCUUUUUGUU